GUAUUGCCAUUCCGUGUAAAGGUUCAGACGAGGAAGAAAGAUGUCCGCCUGUAGACUGAUCCGCUGCGUGUCUUCUAACUUAUCAACCGCCAUACCCAUAAUAACACGCUCGGGACCACAUUCGUCUCAUCGAUUAUGUCCGAAAUCUUACAUUCCAAGACAUUUUUCUUCAUCGACCCCAUUCUCAGCAGCACUUAAAUUUACAGACAAGCAUGAAUGGAUUCGAGUUGAAGAGAAUGGAAUCGGUACUGUAGGUAUCAGCAACUUUGCUCAGGAAGCUCUGGGAGAUGUAGUUUACUGUGGACUACCAGAGGUGGGAACACAGCUUGCUCAACAAGAUGAGUUUGGAGCUCUAGAAAGUGUAAAGGCUGCCAGUGAGCUGUUUUCUCCCUUGACUGGAGAGGUGAUAGAGGUCAACUCACUGCUGGCUGACAAGCCUGGUCUGGUCAACAAAUCCUGCUACAAAGAUGGUUGGCUAAUGAAGAUGACCAUUGCCAAGCCUUCUGAGCUGGACUCUCUGAUGGACGAGACCGCAUAUGAGCGAUACAUCCGCUCCAUAGAGGACUAAUCAAAUCCUUCCCCCAACAUUUUUCCACUUCAAGUAACACUGGCAGGCAGUGUCUCUUUACAUCAGAACUCUGCUGUGUCUCUUUGCUGCCCUGACAGUGUUGUACAAAUGUGAACCUUAGGGAUCCUUAAUAGCUGCUCUUAAAAGACUCACUUUAAGGACCAUACAAUGUGCAGUGUUGAUUUUUGCAACAUCACUUUCCCCCCUCCCCCCCAAAAAAGAAGAGACUGACACUCAAGUUAAUAGAAUUGUUCCAUGAUAUUUCAGUCGAAGCAAGAACAAAUGUCCUGGGAAAAAGUACUUUGAUCUGUUUGGUAUCAUCCAUGAUGUCUGUUCUGAAAUGAUCUUUAAAAUAAACCUCUUGAAGCAUU